GUCUGACUGCCUGCUAGCUCAGUGCUAGGCUCUCCCAUCCCAGAUUCACACACACCUGCCAUCCUCCCUGCAUGAAACAUUCCUUCUUCAUCAACAUUUCCUCUCCUUCUCACCAGGAAGCAGCAGCUAACCUGAACUCUUCCUCAAUGCGUCAACAUAUUGAUGAACAGAUAACAUUAAUAUUUCACAACACAUGGACAGAUUUGAGUCAUGUUAUCAAAUGUUUUUUUUAAUGCAGGAAACAUGGACAACGGUGUCACUCAGGUUGCUGCUCUUGGUCGACCUUUCACCUUAGGCAUGCUGUAUGAUGCUAAUAAAGAUCAAAUCAUCCCAGGUGUCACUCUGUGGGACGAAACGAUCCUACAAGACAUGAUAAUGGAGAAUUCUCAGCAUAGCAGUGAUUUUAAAAUCACCUCCUCCGAUUCCUUGGACACGAAGUCCAACCUGCUGGAUGUGAACGCCUCCCUAAAGGCCAGUUUUCUGGGUGGUCUGAUUGAAGUCGGAGGAUCCGCAAAGUUUCUGAAUGACCAGAAGAAAUCCCACAAUCAAAGCCGCGUAACCUUCCAGUACAAAUCCACCACCACUUUCAAACAGCUGAACAUAUCGGCUGAUGAGAUGAAGAAGCAGUUGACAAUUCCUGAUGACGUGAAGAGUUCGGCCACUCAUGUUGUCACUGGCAUCCUUUAUGGUGCAAAUGCGUUCUUUGUGUUGGACAGCAACAAGGUGGACACGAAAACCCUUCAGAAGAUUGAGAGCAACCUCCAAGCUACCAUAAACAAGUUCCCUGGAAUAAGUGUGAGUGGAGAAGUCAACAUCAAACUGUCUAAUGAAGAACAAGCUGUUGUUGACACAUUUUCCUGCACAUUCUACGGAGACAUGAUUCCUGAAAAAAACCCUACAACAUUCAAGGAUGCACUGCUGACGUACGUAAAUCUGCCAGCGCUACUAGGUGCAAAGAAAGAGCACAGUGUUCCACUGAAGGUCUGGUUGAUGCCACUGAAGAAUUUUGAUCAUCAGCUUGAGGUGAAAAUGGAACUGAGUACUGGGCUUUUGGGAAAGGUUCAAAAUGCCCUGGCAGAGCUUCAGAACUUGAAAAUAAGAUGCAAUGAUUGUUUGGCAGACAGCUAUCAAUUCCCGCAGAUUUCCAAAGCUUUGGAUGCCUUCAAGCAAAGGUGUAGCAUGUAUGAAGGGAUGCCGGGAUCUGAUGCAAAGAAGAUUCCAGGCAUCAGGGCAGGAAAGGAAGACGAGAACGAGAUGUUGAGAAUCUUGAAUGAGAAAGAACAGUCUCCAUUCAGUUCAGACAAAUUAAAUAAAUGGAUGGAAAACAUGGAAAGAGAAGUCAAAGUGAUCAAGUUCUCUGUUGAGACAAUGGCUGGAGUAAACAUCCUCCCAAAAGAGUCUGACGUUUUUGAGGAGCUUCUGUCCCCUGAAGCAGAAGAUGUCAUCUGCUUCGUUUUUACCUCUCUGGAAACGUCAGAUCCUUAUCUUGACAAAAUGGCAGAGUACCUGGAGACAAUGGAUUUCAAGGCCACAGGGAAAGUCAGUCCAGCCACUGAGGACCUGUGGUACGACUCAGGAGAAGAUUUGACAAAAAUAAGAGAAAAAGCCGCAGUGAUCGGUGAACUUUCUGCAGGUCUGAAGAACGAAGCAAAGUACAGAUUUGUAGUAACAGUCAUAAAAAACAAGAAAUACAAAGGAGCAACCAUCUACCACCACAGGAACAACAAGCUGAUCACGGAAGAUUUUAAAAAACCCGAUUUUGUUAAUGUAGAAAAAAUAACAGAAAGAAGAGAUCUCCUGUGGUAUGCCACCAGCCUCAAUAUGGAUCCAGACACAGCACACCCAAACCUCGUUCUUGAUGGGACCAAGAGAGUGACACACGGAGACAGGCAGUCAUAUCCCGAUAACCACCUGAGAUUUGAUGAAGUCUACCAGCUUCUGUUCAAAGAAAGGCUGACAAAGCGCCACUACUGGGAGAUGAAAAUUAACGUUGGCAAAGAUAUAGAUACCGCUGUUGGUGUUUCUUAUGAAGGAAUACACAGGAAAGGAGGUUUUAGUAAAUGGACUGGCAUUGGUAAAAGUGCAGUGAGCUGGUCCUUGGGGUGGAGGUGUAGUAAUAGACAAGUAGUACAAACCGCAGUGUUCGUAGUCCUACCCUUAAUCAUAUAUAAUCACAUAUACAUAGAGCAUGAAGGAACCUGGACGGAAAAACCCAUUCCCAAGACCGGCUUAUCCCGUGUUGGGUUGUAUCUGGAUUAUAAUGCCGGUUCUUUGUCGUAUUAUGCAGUCAGAGGUGACAGAGUGGAUCACAUUCACACUUUCCAUGACAGUUUCUCUGAGCCCGUUUACCCAUGUCUGAAAAUGUGGGGAAUAAACGGCUUCGUGGGCUUGUGUCUGUAAAGACAUUUGGUUCAGUUUGACACAAAAAAAUGACUUAAACAGAGAUGUGAGUAAUGAAAGCAAAAGUUUACUAGGUAAUUUAUAACAAUCAAUCAAUUAAUCAAUCAGUUUCAGACUUCACAUCUCUUUUUUUUAGUUUUGAUCAUAAUUUAUGUAUGACCCUCAUGCUGCAAUAGAAUAAGACUAAAAACAAUACGUAGAGUUUUAUUUGUCCCUCCUCUGUAGUUUUACUGUCACGUUAAAGUGCAACAAUUUUUAAAUGGCCCGUUUGACUAAAAGCUGAGAAUAAGAAAGCGAAGAUGAGGGAAAAAAAAUGUUUCUCACCUGCAGACAGGUUCUCACCUCCAGUCUGUGUGACUCAAUGCAUUCCCUCUUUGCCAGAAAGGAAGUAAUGAAUCUAAAUAUAGUUGUUUUUUCUGGGUGAAUUUAUUUUUCUUCUCGCAGUAACACAAUUCUUCUUGUAAUGAACUGAACUGAAAGCUGAAAAUCCAGUUGGGUUUUCAGGUGAUGGACUUGGUUGGGCUUGGAUUUAUUAUCAGUAAUAGAAUUUGUACUGCAGAGGUUUUUGGAACGGUUCAGACACCAGUGAAACAUUUACUAAUUGCCAAAUAAUGGCUGUUUUUUGUUGUUUUUGUUUUUGCGCUUGGAUUGUUUCUAUAAGCAGUAGAUGCCCAAAUGAAAGGCAAAAUAAGAACAUUUUGCAUUAUAUAUCUCCUUUGUCAUUAACUGUGCAAAUUUAAAACAAUUACUUUUUUUGCAAGAAAAGACUGCUUGCAACAUUUUGUUUUAAAUGCUUUUUGUUCACUUAUCACAUAUAUGGGAUAUAUAACAGUGUGUAAUCUUCCAUGAUUUUUUUAUAUGCUUGACAUAGGAAAAAAUAUAUGAUGUUGCAAUAGUUAUAGAUUUCAUGUUACAAUUUCUUUUCUUUUAUUUUUUACUAUUUUACAGCUUUGGUUGAGGUUUAAAGUUUUUGUGGUGUUUGAUAUUCUGUUUUUUCUAUAUUCAUGUUUUUAUUGAUUCUUAACUAUUAACAGCUCUGCUUUCUUUAUUCAUUUCCUGCCACAUAAUGUGGAUGUUUGACUUUGAUUUUUGAACGACAUGAUUGCUUUUGAAAAAAAAAAAGUUAUAUUAUUACUUCAAUCAUCCGACUGUUCUCAUGCUUGUAGUCUAAUGUUGGGAAAUCUAAUAAAAAGAAUGCAAAUAAA